AACCUGGUAACGUACGGUACCGGUAUUGACUUUACACUUUAUGUAAUACAGUAAUAUGAUGGUUAGAUUAAUGUUUGUUUGUACCGUACCGGUAUACGACUUACCGUAUCCUACCUAUUGUCAAAAAUGCCAUAAAAGUUUUAGUUUUCACUCUUUAAUGCAAUACUGGUGCCGGUACCGGUAUGCUUAGGACUGUAUGGUACGGUAAUUAUUAUACAGUUUUAGACUUAACAGUACCUGGUAUGUGACAAAUCAAUUAUCGUGUUGGAAAUGUAAUAUUCAAAUAAUUUCUACAUUAAGAUCAUACUGUACGGUAUAUUAUAUAACAUAUCAUUUACAAGAUGUCAGGCCGAGUUUGCUGUGUCAUCAAAUGCACCAAUCAUGCCUAUAAACUUCAGAAGUGGAAAUCAUCCCACUGCCCCAUUCGUAAUGUAUCGAAAGGUGAAGAAGGCUGUAUUUGUACUCCACCGUUCGAGCUUCAUCCUUUUCCAACGGAACUCAAAGACCCGGAAGGUCGACAGAAUUGGAUAGACCAUAACAUAAAUAGAGAAGAACCGGGCAGUAGUAAGUGUGUACUGAAUUGGCAGCCAACAAAAUAUUCUCGAGUAUGUUCCAUUCAUUUCGUAGACGGGAGACCCACUUCAAGUAACCCAUAUCCAACUCUGUGCAUGGGAUACCGGUAUGAAACAUCAAUCGUAUCAAAUAAAAGAUGCUUGCCCAGUUAUAAGGCGUCUUAUGCACCAAAAUGUAAAAAACGUAGAACUGAAGUUUUGGCUGUUCCCACAAAUUUAAAUUUCGAACAUAAUUAUUGCCUAAAUGCAGAUAUGGGAAAACUUGCUCAAGUCAUCAAAAGUCUUAAGAUUGAGAAUGCCAAAUUACGAGGAAAUAAUAGAAAUUUGAGAUCCGAAGUUGCCAAACUAAAAUGUUCAUUUCGGAAAGUUACUGCUCUACCUCCAUUACAUACAGACAAGUCCGUGGCAUUUUAUACUGGGUUUCCUUCAAAAAAAGUUUUAGACAAAGUCACAAACCUUUUAAGAAGCAAGGCACCAAGGACAAACUUUUUAAAAGGCAACGCACCAAGAAAACGUAUUAUCAGCUCCAAAAUCUUAAUGUCUGCCCGGAUGCAUAAACUGAGCUUUUCACAACAACUCAUUAUGACUUUAAUGAGGCUAACACUCGGAUUGUUAAUCACAGACCUAGCUGAAAGAUUUCAUGUAUCCCAAGCGACUGCAUCAAGGGUUAUCGGAAAUAUGUUGAAAUUUUUGUCACAUCAGAUGAAAAGCCUAAUCAAUAAUCCAUCACGCUAUCAUAUCAUGAAUUUACCCCGAAAGUUCAGAAUAAGACCAUACAAUAAAGUCAGGUGAUCUUAGAUUGUACAGAGUUGUUCAUUGCGACCCCAAAGGACUUGCAUAUGCAGUGUAUUACUUGGAGCAACUAUAAACACCACAAUACUGCGAAAUAUCUUUUAAGUGUUCAUCCAAAUGGAAUGAUUAAUUUUUUGUCGCGUGGGUGGGGUGGAAGAGCGAGUGACAAUCAUAUAGUCAAGAAUAGCGGUUUUUUGAAUUUGCUAGAACCUGGCGAUAUGGUAAUGGCUGACAGAGGAUUUCUCAUCAGAGAUGAGCUUCUCAUUCGUCAAGCAGAUCUAUUGAUACCUCCAGUAAAACAGGGCAAGGAACAAAUGCCUCUAAGUGAUGUGACAGCAACGAAAAACAUAGCAAAUAGGCGAAUUGUGGUAGAGCAAGCCAUGGGUCGCCUAAAAAAAUUCA